AUGUCCGCCGCCGCAACGGUCGCCCCCGUCCCCGCUGUCGCGAGAGCCCGCCUCCAAUUAGGUCGCCGUUGCCGCGCUAGCCCGCCUUCGACGGGAUGGGCGCGGUCAAGCAGUCCGGAGAAGCGAGCCAGCACCCUCAACGCCUGGGAAUCACCGGACAAUCGAGAUGCCCCCAACGUUGUGGAAACGCCGGGGAAUCGAGGCCGCCUUGCUUGCCGAGGAAGCGCCGCGGAAUCGGGGCUGCCCUCCACAUCGUGGAAGCGUUGUGGAAGCGAGGCCGCCUUCCACGCCGGGACGCCGACGACACCGGCACGCCACUCCACAACUUCCCUGCCGGUUGCCGCACUAUCUUCAGGAACCUAUAACACUCCGAGGCAUUUCUUGUUGUUGACGAUGGUCGAGAUAGCCUCCAGUACUAGCUUGAGUUGGCAUUCUCUGAGGAUUGAAGAAGAUGCAAGACCAAGAUUGUGCCUUGCACUGUGUGAACAUGCCAAAGUUAAUGGAGAAAGGGAAGUUGUCUGUGCACCAAGAUGCAGUGCGAGUGGUACUUGCGCUGAUUGACAAGAAAGAGGUGGCUCGAGUCCAGGAGCUCAUCGAAUCCAUCAUCGUCCCUUACUGACUAACUGUGACUUAAUCAUUUAACUGUGACUCUCUGUAUGAGUCUACAAGCUCAAGUGUCAUAAGGGGUUUACUGACUAACUGUGACUUGAUACUUCAGUUCGACCAGUUGGGCAUGCCAUAUGGGAGUACUACUCAGCCAUACUCACAGCACACACUGAGUUGCCCCCGGCGCAUUUAGUGAUGAGAUAUGGGCACUGUUUUGAAUAUUUGCAGUAAAGUAGGAUAUGUGCAUGCUUGAUGAUUCUGAUCCUUCUCUUCUUCAGGUGGAAUGCAGUUGAGGUCGAAGAAUGCCGUUGGAGAGACCAGAGGUUGCCGUGGUGGUGCUUGCCGGAGAUCACGGCGAGAUGCUCGGGAGAGGAGACCUCGCCGGCGAGGUUGGGGACGAGCUGCUGGUUAAUGAUCAUGUAAUGAUUUUGUAAUUUAGAUGCUACUUGCAAAUGUUGGUUCCAUAUCCUAUAAUUUAGAUGCCUGGCUACAAUUUUAAUGCAUGAUCAUGUUACUGUGUUUGAUUAAAAUACCAGGCAAUAUGAUAACUGCAUAUAUUUGUGCAAGUACUAUGAUUAUUGCUUUGUUUUGAAUAGUGCAUGUAAACAUAAUCAAAGGCAUUGUUGAAAACAGCCUUCAAAUGUAAUAUAAGGCAUCAUUGAAAAGUG